AUGCCAUUGCAUUUUCCACACCACCAGCAGGUAAGCUUGUCAUGGCAAGGCAGUCAGGUCGACAGCCAGCACUCCCAACUUCUCUUCCCUGAACUGACGUCACGUGCUGAGGAGGUGGUGGUAGCUGAUCUCAUUGCAGGGUUUGCUGAAGCUCUGGUGGAGCGCCGACUUGAGUUUUGUCUGACAGAAGUGGUCUUUGGGAGGCACAUCAAGAAGGAUCUGAAGCGCCUUGCCUUCAAGAGAGAGACCCACAACUGUCGUCUCACAGGGCUCCAAGUCAACCUUGAACAGAAGCUCUUCGGGCAGCACAUAGCGUCAAAGGUUUUACUGAAGGCAGUUACUGACUUCGUAAACAAGAAGACUCAAAAAAAGCCUCUUGUCCUUUCACUCCAUGGAUUGACAGGAACUGGGAAGAACUUCGUCAGCGAACUCCUAGCCUCCAAUAUCUACAAAAAAGGGAUGUCCAGCAGCUUUGUGCACCAGUUCGUGACCACUCUUCACUUUCCACACAUAAGUAAAAUUGACAUCUACAAAACCCAGCUACAGCAGUGGAUCAAAGGGAAUGUGUCCAGUUGUGAUCGCUCUAUGUUUAUAUUUGAUGAAAUGGACAAGAUGCCCCCUGGACUUAUUGACAGUAUUAAGCCAUUCCUGGAUUACUAUGACAACCAGGAUGGUGUGUCCUAUCGACGCACUAUUUUCAUUUUUCUUAGUAAUGCAGGUGGAGAGACAAUUAAGCAGGUUGCCUUAGAAUUCUGGAAAAAUGGAAAAGAUCGGGAAGAAAUUCAACUGUCAGACCUAGAAGAAAAGCUGUCUCUUGAGGUGUUCAACAACAAGUACAGUGGCAUGUGGCACACCAGCCUGAUUGAUAAAUACCUGAUUGAUUUCUUCAUCCCAUUCCUACCUCUGGAAUACAAACACGUCCACAUGUGUGCCCUGGCAGAGAUGGCCAAUCAGAACAUGGAACCCGACGAAGACAUUGCAGAUGAAGUCGCCAAAGCCAUGAUAUACAGCCCAAAAGAGGAGAGGGUAUUCUCCUCUAAGGGCUGUAAAGAAAUCACAAGCAAACUGGUGCAAGUAGACAAAAAGACAAAAAGACUAGAGGAAUGAUAUGAGUUUACAUUUGGCUUCUUACUUGAAGGAUGCAGAUUUGUCACAUCUGAAGAUCUGCGUGACAAAUGCAGAGGCCAGUUGACCUUG